AGCUAGCUAUCACGCUCACCUCCGUCGACCGACCUCGCCUAGCCUGCAUGCUAUCAGUCAUCAACCAAACCAUCUACCUUUGACCACCUUGAUCACCUCGAUCACCCACACUCCCUUCUGCCAGUAAACAGACAUCGACGAGAUAUCAUGCCCGACGCUACCAGACCAGCUCCUCCUAGACCCCGCCCCAUCCCGGUCCAUCCGACCCGCCCACCCCCUUCCCUUCCCGCAGGUCAAGGACAAGGCUCGUCGAGCCAUCAUGAACAGCAAGGACAAGGUAGAAGUGCGAAUGGAGGUACGAGUGGACCACCACCGAGGAGAGGGUCGGGGGAUCAUAGGCCGCCGGCAAAGACGAUUAGGAUCGGGCAGUACGAGUUGGGCGCGACGUUGGGUGUAGGGAGUUUCGGCAAGGUUAAACUGGCCACGCACUCGAUGACGGGCCACAAGGUCGCCAUGAAGAUCAUCAACCGCCGCAAGAUCCAACACAUGGACAUGACCUCCCGCGUAAAACGUGAAAUCCAAUACCUCAAAGUCCUACGACAUCCUCACAUCAUCAAGCUUUACGAGGUCAUCACCACGUCCACGGACAUUAUCAUGGUGAUAGAAUAUGCCGGGCAAGAGUUGUUCGAGUAUAUAGUGAACAAGGGACGGAUGGAGGAACAUGAGGCAAGGAGGUUUUUCCAGCAGAUCAUCUGUGCCAUUGAGUAUUGUCAUCGGCACAAGAUCGUCCAUAGGGAUCUGAAGCCGGAAAACCUCUUACUGGACGACUACCUCAACGUCAAGAUCGGUGAUUUCGGACUGAGCAAUAUCAUGACCGAUGGGGACUUCCUGAAGACGAGCUGUGGGAGUCCGAAUUACGCGGCGCCAGAGGUCAUCAGCGGGAAACUCUACGCAGGUCCAGAGAUCGACAUCUGGUCAUGUGGCGUCAUCCUUUACGUCAUGCUCUGCGGCCGCCUUCCCUUUGACGACGAGUACAUCCCCAAGCUCUUUCAGAAGAUCAACGGCGGGAUCUAUCACCUCCCCUCCCACCUCUCGGAAGACGCCAGGGCGUUGUUGAAGAGCAUGCUCGUCGUCGAUCCGGUCAAGAGGAUCACGACGGCGGGGAUAAGACAGUCGGCUUGGUUCCAGAGGGAUCUGCCGCAGUACCUGCAACCUCUACCGCAGACGCCCGGGUUGGAACGGCCCGGACAGGGUGGGGGGCAGGGGGAAGACGCCUCGGGCUUGUUGGGUCAGGGAGGAAGCGGAGUUGCCAGUACGGUCGAUGGGACCACCUCUGCUCCGGACGACCAGGUGUCCAAAGCGGAUGCGGAUACCCAGAAUCAAGGCCUGGUCUACGUCCCCGACCUCGGAGUGGUCGAGCCGAGGAUCGUGGACGAGUUGUGUGAAAAGAUGGCCGGGUUCGAUAGGAAUAGCAUCUGGGACGCUUUGAAGAGGGAAGGGGAUAACCAGAUCAAGGUGGCUUAUCAGUUGGUCAGGGAUCAUAAGCGCAUGUUGCAGGAUACCACGGAUAUGCGUCACGAUAAUGAACAUGUGAUGGAGAGUUUCUUGGCAUCAUCACCACCACCCUGGAAUGCCGGUCUGGAGAGCCUCCAGCAAGGCGUCAACCGAUCCACAUCGAUCAAGAAUCGAGCGACGCCCAAGGGCUCAAACGAGGACGAGUCGUGGGACGAAGAGGAGGACAUGGAGAUGGAGGAUAUCCCGGAUUCGAACUUUCAGAUCUUGGAUAGCAGUCUGCAUGGCAAAUUCGAUGAAAACGGCGAGCCGUUCCCACCUUACGACGUACCUCACUUGCAAUCCCAAUCAUUGACCUCGCAAGAAGACGCCGUCAGGGCCGCCCACCAGGCAGUCGCUGCACAACGUAUAUCCGGUCGUGCGACCAAGUCGAGCAAGGGGAAAUGGCAUUUCGGGAUCCGAUCUCGAUCUCCACCUAUCGAGGUCAUGCACGAGAUCUACAAUACGCUACAAGUGCUGGGCAUGCAGUGGAAGCGGAAACAGUGCUUUGACGGACCGUGGGACCAGGACGGAAGACCAAUCAGGGAGACGCCGCCCGGGAUGACGCGCGAGCAGAGGCAAAAGGAAAAGACCAACGAGGAAAAGCAGAAUCAGUCAUUGUUCUUUGUCGAGACAAGGUGCAAGAUCGACAACGUCGUCAUCCGUAUGGACCUUCAACUUUACCGCGUAGAUGGAAGCAAUUACCUGGUCGACUUUCGGAACGUCGGAUAUUACCGCAGCAACAACGAUCCGGACGACUAUUCGUUGUACCGACGCUCCUCGAACGCGACCGACUAUACCGUCGCCGAAUCGCUCGAGAGCCGGAGAUCGAGCGCGGAGGGGAUCGGCGCCGCCACGUCUCCCGUCAGGCGGGAAAUCAACAGCAACAUGAACGCCGGUGUGGGCGGGGUCAGCGAGACGAUCGAAGGCAAGAUCAAAGAGGUCUGCAGCCCAUUCUUGUUCUUGGAAGUCGCAUGCCGCUUGAUCGUCGAGUUGGCGUCUGCAUAGUCUUUUGAAGAGAGGGAGGAAUCGGGUUGUAUGUAUGAUGUACGAGAUUCAUGAAACGUUGUAUACAAAUGGAAUCGAGCUCCAAAGGAAAC